AAAUAGAAGAAAAAGAAGAGAAAGAAGAAGAGAAGAUGAUGAUGAUGAUGACGGAGAAUGGGGCGCCUGGUUUUCGGUUCUACCCAACAGAGGAAGAGCUAAUAUUGUUCUACCUCCACAACAAGCUACAUGGAAACAAACAAGACAUUGACUCAGUGAUUCCAGUCCUUUGCAUCUACCAGUUCAAUCCUUCCGACCUCCCCGGUAAGUUUGAAAUUUCUGUAACUGAGUUUCCAGAAAGCUUGCUGGGGAACGGUGUCGUAGUGACCCAGAGCAAUGGUUUUUUCUUUAUUCCAAGGCAGGAGAGAGAACUGAGGGGUGGAAGACCAACCCGCCUCAGCCAUUCAGGGUACUGGAAGGCCUCCGGUUCUCCGAGUUAUGUUUACUCUUCUAAUAACCAAGCCAUCGGCAUAAAAACAAGCAUGGUUUUCUACUUAGGAAGAUUUCCCACUGGACGAAAAACUGAAUGGAAGAUGAAUGAGUACAAGGCCAUUGAUGGAGAUGCACCCACGUCAAAAGAUGCGGUUCCAAAGAAAAAUACUAUUACCCUUCAGUCACAGAUUAUUUGGGUCGAGGAUAUUCUACUGCAACAUGAGUGUUAUGAAUUCAAAAAA